AUGGAAUUCAUGUGGGCCAUCGCCGGCGGCAUUGGCCCACUACUCAGUGGAGCUUUCUCCGAGUAUGUCUCAUGGAGAUGGAGCUUCCGGAUCAAUCUUCCUGUCUCGGGGGUUGCCUUCAUUCUGCUACUAUUCUUCCUGGAUGUGCAUAAUCCCAAGACAAGCAUGAUGGAUGGCCUCCGGGCUAUUGACUGGUUUGGCAGCCUGUCUAUUCUUGGUCUCGCGCUCAUGUUAUUGCUGGGACUUGAGUUUGGCGGCGAAACAUUCUCAUGGAGUUCUCCUCAAGUUAUCUGCUUGAUCGUUUUUGGUGCUUUCUGCUCCUUGCUUUUCAUCUACAGCGAGAAGCGCCUUGCAAAGUAUCCUCUUAUGCCCAUGGAUCUCUUUGCUCGUCUUUAUAACGUUGCCGCUCUCGCUGUGGCCUUUGCACAUGGAAGAUACCUCGAACUCAUCUGGCUCGGUCCCAUCCUCAUGACCAUCGGCACCGGUCUGUAUAUCCGUCUAGACGCAUUCUCAUCGUUCGGCGAGAUCAUCGGCUUCCAGAUUCUGAGCGGGCUCGGGGCCGGCUUCGUCUUCGAAACGUCCAUCAUCGCUAUCCAGGCCAUGGUUUCCCAAAAGGAUACCGCCACAGCGACUGCUUCGCUCGGGUUUAUCCGCAAUCUGGCCACGGCUUCCUUGAUCGUUAUCGGCGGCGUGGUCUUCCAGAACAGCAUGGCCAAGACGAAGCCUCGACUGUUGGCUUCUGGUAUGUCUAAUCACUUGGCUGACCAGAUGGCGGGCAGCUCUGCCGCUGCUAAUAUUGAGUAUAUUCGGGGUAUCAAUGAUGCUACACAGCUUCUUGCGGUCAAGGAGGCCUUUUCGUGGAGCAUGCGGAACAUGUGGAUUCUCUACACGUGCAUGUCUGCUGUCGGGGUGAUUUUGUCGGCCUUUAUCAUGAAGACGCAUCUGAAUCAAGAGCAUGUGGAGAUAACUACUGGGCUCGAUGAGAAAAGGCCGACAGUUGAGAAUGAUGCAGUCUGA